CCGAAAAAUGGCAGCGGCGCCUCCGGAUGAGGCUACCCUCCAGUCUCGCAUCAACGAGGCCACCAACCCUUUGAAUAAGGAGACUGACUGGGACAAUAUCAAGGGAUUUUGUGAUCAGAUCAACAAUGAACCUGAAGGUCCCCAGCUUGCAACCAGACUUCUGGCCCAUAAAAUCCAGUCUCCUCAAGAGUGGGAGGCUAUGCAAGCGCUUAUGGUUCUGGAGACGUGCAUGAAGAACUGUGGAAAGCAAUUUCACAGCGAGGUGGGGAAGUUUCGCUUUCUCAAUGAGCUCAUCAAAGUGGUGUCACCUAAGUAUUUGGGUGCCCGGGCUCCAGAGACGGUGAAGAAGAAGGUGUUAGAAAUUGUCUACAGCUGGACGGUGAGGAUGCCGGAUGAGACCAAGAUAGCGGACGCCUAUCGGAUGCUGAAAAAACAGGGCAUUGUCAAGCUGGAUCCUGAGCUUCCUGAUGACAAGCCCCUCCCACCCCCUCCGCCGAGAGCCACCGACAUCCUUUUUGAGGAUGAGGAGAAAUCUAAGAUGCUGUCUCGCUUAUUGACCAGCACUCACCAAGAAGAUCUAAGGGCAGCAAACAAACUCAUUAAGGACAUGGUCCAGGAGGACCAAAAGCGCGUCGAGAAAGUAUCGAAGCGCUCGAACGCCAUCCAGGAGGUGAAGGAGAGCGUCGGCCUGCUGAGCCAGCUGCUGGAGGGCUACAGCAAGGACGGCUGCUCCGAGAGCAACCAGGACCUCAUUAAGGUCCGGCGCCUUCAAACGCAGACGCAGCUGCAGUCCAGUAAUCCUGCUGAUGCCACUGGCUGCAGGUGUGCUGUUGAUGCUUUCCACACGUCUGUUCCACAGGAUCUGUACCAGCGCUGUGAGAAGAUGAGGCCGACGCUCUUCCGAUUGGCGAGUGACACGGAGGAUAGUGACGACGCUUUAGCCGAUAUCCUGCAGGCCAACGACAACCUGACUCAGGUCAUCAACCGGUACAGGCAGCUGGUUAAGGGAGAGGACGUGUCUACGGAUGGCAUCACUUUGCCCUCACAACCAGGUGUGUAUCCUCUGUCCCAAACAGGCAGCAGUAGCUCGGCUCUGGUCGACCUGAUGGGACUGAACGCAUCAGCCAACGCGACGCCCUCCAACCCGGAGCCUUCCAGCCUCCAGACCCUGACUCAGAACACGGGCAUCAGCCUCUUGGAUGAUGAGCUCAUGUCACUAGGGCUGAAUGUGACGGAAAAGUUCGACUCUCGGAACAAUUUUCAGUCCUCUGACGGCAGCGACUCGUUGCUGCAGCCGGCCGUGGUCCAAACCCCCCCAGCUGCACCAGCAGGGGGGGGGGGGCCCGCCGCGCCGCCUCAGCCCAUGGAGGAGCUGGACAUGCUGGGCAAGACGCUGUUACAGCGAUCCUUACCCCCACAGAGCCAGCAGGUCAAAUGGGAUAAGCUCCAACCUCGAUCCAGAGUCACUUUACGAGAUCUGCAGACCAAGUCCAACUCCAGCUCUAGACCCGCUCCGAAUGGAACCACCUCCUCCUCCUCCUCCUCCUCCUCCUCCGCUGGGCCCCCCGCUCCGGCUCCAGGGCCCACACCGGCUCUCCAGUCCGAGCAGCCGGACGCUCUCUCGUCGGCGGCUCCCGACCCGUACGAACACAUCUCCCUCUCUGACGUCACGGUGCCGCUGGAAGCGAUCAAACCCAGCAGUUUGUUACCGGUGACGGUUUUCGACAAGCACAGUCUCCGUGUGUUGUUCACCUUCGCCCGCGACUGUCCCCCAUCGCGGCCCGACGUGCUGGUGGUGAUCAUCUCCAUGCUGUCCUCGGCCCCGAGCCCGGUGACCAGCAUCCGCUUCCAGGCAGCAGUACCGAAGGUGAUGAAAGUGAAGCUGCAGCCUCCCUCUAGCACCGAGCUCUCGGCCUUCAACCCCAUCCUGCCUCCAUCCGCCAUCACACAGAUCCUGCUGCUGGCUAACCCUCACAAGGAGAAAGUACGUUUGCGGUACAAGCUGACGUUUAACCUGGGGGACGGAUGUCACGAUGAAUCUGGGGACGUGGACCAGUUCCCGCCUCCCAACACCUGGGGAAACCUGUAGGGAGGAAGAACCACCAGCCUCCUCCCGUUCAUCCGAUUCUCUGCUUUCUUUAGAUUGUAGGUCGUAGUUGCCCCCUCAUCGCCGGCUGGAGACGAGAUCUCCUCUACACACUCCAGCGGUUUCAAACUCUGUGGUUUGGUCAUACGAACUGAACCGAGACCAGUAAUGGGAACCGGCUUCUAACCUCGUGCCUUCCUUCGCGCCUUCCUGUCCUUUUUUUUUUUCUUCCCUCAAUCACCAUCUCUGCGUUCCUGUAGAAUUUCUUUCUCUCUUCCGACAAUCGUGCCAAUGCAGCAAAUUGUGUCCCCUGUCGUGGGAAUGAUGUGUAACAGCUGGUGUGUCACUGUGUGUGUGUGUGUCACACAAUCUUCUCUCGGUACGUCCAAUAUUAUCGUUUCAGUUCAAAUGAGCCGGUCGCAUGCUUAAAGUGAUGUUUACCGUCCGACUCGCAGCCAAAAAACACUCGAUGUAUUCAACCCAUGAUGUGGAAUAGUUAUUUUUUUUUUACCAGAAAAAUAACUUUGAUUAUCAGAAUUGUAAAUUAAUUUCCUAUCAAAUGAUGAAUUCAUUAAUUGUGUCAGUGUUUGAAGGAAUAGACGCCGGUCAGUGGAUUUAAUAUACGAUGCUGUCUUGAUAAACAUUUUGCCAAACGACUUGAGUUGCAUAGGGAAAUUAUUAAAUUAAAGUAACACUUAGUUUGUUCCCCUUUGUGCUCAAUGGGGACGGUAUCUCUCGGUAGCGUACAUCAUUAAGUGGUACAUUAGUUUUUAAGUAUUGCUUUGGUUUUAAUAUUUGUCACAGCAGACUGUCAUCGGAAAAACAAAGGAGUUCAAUAAGUUGAUGUGUCUUCUGUGAAGAAGGACUGUGAGGGAAGGGUACGAAACAUUUGCCCCUGUUAGAAUACUGAAAUUUAGCUUUUACUAUUUUGCACUUAAUCUUUUUUUUCUUAGAAAGAUUGGGACACUUUUUUGUUAAGUUUCACUCGGGAUUUUUCCUUUUUUUGAGUUAUUUUCACACAUGAAAUGAUCACGCACUUUUUUAAAUUAUUUUGCACAUGAAACCGUUCCAUAUUACAUAAUUACAUUUUCCAUUGUCUUUUUCUCAUUCGCCGUCUUUUCUAUUGUUGAUCGACCCCCAAAGAGGGACACGCGAGUCCUGAGUCGGCGUCGUGUGCAUCCUGUUUGAUUCUACCACAUGUGCCUGAGAUGUGACGUUUGGAUUUCCAAUGGCUCCUGUACAUAUAUGUAUACAAAUGAGUA